AUUUAAGUUUAUAUUAAUACAAACAAAACAACAAAAAACUUUUAGUAUUAAUAUAUAGCUAUAAAAGACUUUUAUAUUUGUUGACUGAUUGAUGUCAUUGGGAAGCCAUGGCGUUGUUGAUGAUGACCACUAACGAUGACCACAAUAAGUCUGGGCCGGCGUCGGCAUCGGCGUCGACAGCAAAGGCAACGGCAGCAUCGGUAACGGCGGCAGCGGUAACGGCAACUGCGGCCGACAUUAAUAAUGGCGAACCACCUAUUGAUCGAUUGCAUCGGGAGAUCAACGAGUUUUUCAGGUAUAUGUUGCCGACAAAAAACGAGGCCCAAGUCCGGAUGCUAGUACUUCGGGAGAUGAUCGGUGCCAUCGAAAGCCAUUUGCCGAGAGUUUGUGUACAUUGGUUCGGCAGUUACGCUACGAAAACCUAUUUACCCACUUCCGACAUAGAUAUAGUGGUUAGCGGGCGCUGGGAUUAUCUACCGCUGACGGAACUGGAACAACAUUUUUGUAGGCGCGGCUAUUGUAUGCCCCAUGAAAUUCAAUCGCUGGCCAAAGCGGCCGUACCGAUCAUCAAAAUGACACACAAAUGGUCCCGAAUUAAGAUUAACAUUAGUUUCAAUUUGAAACAUGCAUCGCAAAGUGUCAAUCUGGUUAAGCAAUACAUUCAAGAUUAUCCCAAACUAAAGCCGUUACUGUUUGUCAUCAAGUAUUUCCUAUUGCAAAGAGAUCUGAACGAAGUGUACAAAGGAGGGCUGAGCUCAUACGCAUUGGUCCUAAUGGUUGUCCACUUUUUCCAGACCCGUAAACGCCAGCCGCAGCAGACGGUCAGUGCUGAUGGCGUGGACGGCGACGACGACACCAAUUUGGGUCGGCUGUUGAUCGAGUUUUUCGAGCUGUACGGCAAAAAGUUGGACUACAAUCUGGUUGGUCUACGAUUGACUGACGGUACUUAUCAGCCGAAACAUGAACUCCUCGCUCAUACCGAGUGCAGCAACAAUGGUGGUGGUGGUGGUGGUGGUGGUCAUCGAUUUCAUCAGUUUAAGCCGUCGAUGUUGGUCAUCGAAGAUCCGUUAAACAUGAAGAAUAACGUCACGCGCAACUCGUACGACAUACCAAAGAUCAGGGAUGCAUUUACCGAUGCCUACGAUCAACUGAUGACUGCCGUCGGACCGGACCCGUCGCCGUCGACGACGAUAUUGGGUCGUAUCGUACGAGUGACCGACGAAAUAGUGGACAAACGGCUCCGGGAUCUCGCAUUGUUUGCCAAUGGAAAUCGUUGGUCCCAUACGUGUUACAAAUGUUUCGGCAAUCAUAAUGCUAACUGUAGGUCACGAUACCAACAACUAAACCCUAGACGACAACAAUAUAAUAUACGCCAUCACAACAACCAGCAUAGCUUACAUAGACAGCUGGCAUCUGGUUAUUAUCACCAGGAGUUGAUCACCACAGCUACCACUACCACUAACCAACGUACAUCAGUUCAGUAUAAUAAACAUAAUAAUAGUGAUACUACUAAUCCCAACACUACUACUACUACUACUACUCCUACUACCGCUACUGAAACUAAUGGCACCGCCGAAAAAGGCAUAACUGAUAGCACAGGCGAUCAUAUAGAAAGUCUUAGCAAAUACUUGAGUAGAGGUACUGAUGACGACAAAAGUGGCAAUAAUUGCAAUACUAAUAAUCACAACAACAACAAUGGAUUUAAUAAUAAUAAUAAAGGUGUUAACUAUGCAUCCAAUGGUCAUCAUUAUAAUCAUCACUACAACAAUCAUAACCAGCAUUAUCAGCAACAGUAUUAUAGAAGAUCGUCCUAUAAUAACGGAUCCAAUGGUUAUAAUAAUAAUAAUUACAACACUACUACUACCGCUACUGAAACUAACGGCACCGCCGAAAAUGACAUAACCGAUAGCAGCGGCGAUCAUAUCGAUAGUCAUAGCAACCAUAGUAGAGGUACUGAUGAUGACAAAAGUGGCAAUAAUUACAAUACUAAUAAUCACAACAACAACAACAACAAUGGAUUUAAUAAUAAUAAUAAUAAAGUUGCCAACUAUGCAUCCAAUGGUCAUCAUCAUCACAACAAUCAUAACCAGCAUUAUCAGCAACAGUAUUAUAGAAGAUCGUCCUAUAAUAACGGAUCAAAUGGUUAUAAUAAUAAUAGCAAUAACGGAUCCAAUGGUUAUAAUAAUAAUAGCAAUAACGGAUCCAAUGGUUAUAAUAAUAAUAAUAAUAAUAAUAAUAAUAAUAAUAAUAACUACAACAGCAACUAUUACUACCAUAACCACCACUAUAGCAAUCACUAUAAUCACAAUAAUAGUAAACCGAGUUUUACUUUCGAUAAGUUGUAUUCGACGACCAACUUUUAUAACAGGCGUUAUAAUCGCAAUCUGUUUGACGAUAAAUCGUCAACUAAUUAUAGAAAUAAUAAUAAUGACAAUAAUGAGGAGGAAAUGUCUACUAAAUUACUAAACAAACUGUCCUAUAAUAGUAGUAAAGUUGUUUGCGAGUUGUCGUCAUCAUCAUUGGACAAACCAAUUGAUAAUAAAUUUCUGGAUAAACCAUUGACUACCGGCACCGACACUAUAAUAAAAAAAAGUUAGUCAUUCCUAACUAAUUGUAUUAUCUAUUUGUUUAUUUUAUAACAAUUUUCUAUAUAUAUAUAUUGUUUCCCAAUUGAUUGUUGAUUAUAUAUAUAUAUAUCAAAGUAUACAGUGUUUACUAUUAAUUA